AUGGUUAGAGAACGACCAUCGAUCUCGAAUAUUGUGUUAGUCGCUACAGUAGAUCCACAAUGCAUAUGGAAAGAAGAAAUAAUGAAUUAUUUGAAGGAGGGGAUCCUACCAGAUGACCCUGUGAAAGCACGAAGAACAAGGUUCAAAGCUCCGAGAUUUACUCUGAUCGAAUCCCAAUUGUACAAAAGGACGAUAGAUGGCUCCCUGCUGAAAUGUUUAGAUGAAGAUCAAGCUAAUUAUGUUCUUAAAGAAAUUCAUGAGGGAAGCUGUGGCAACCAUUCAGGGGCGAGGUCGCUCGCACAGAAGAUAAUGAGACAAGGGUACUCCUGGACAAUACUACUGAAGGAUGCCAAGGAGUUCAUUCAUAAGUGUGAAAAUUACCAAAGAUAUGCUUCCCAGAUACAUGCGCCCGCGGAACCAAUGAAGCCAGUUCAGAUCGUCUGCCCAUUCGACUAG